UGCUACAGACAUGACCCAGGGGAUGGGAGGCUGUGGUUGCCUGCAGCGCUGCUCCUUCUGCAGGUCCCAGUGACCUUGGAGAACCUCACAGAAAGUGAUACAGGAACAUACCGGUGUGGAAUCGAUACAUCAUGGCUCCCAGAAUAUUUGCUCGACCUCAACUUCCAAGUUGUGUUGUCUGUGACCCCAGGUCUUCACUCGACCCUGCCAGACCCCAUGCAGAAGACCACGAUCUCGCAGGAGUCCCCCAGUUCCGGCCAACAUCCUGGGCCCUCACCUAAGAGUCAUCCUAUUGAAGACCAGGCUUCUAAGGGAGAGGAGAGGUCCCUGCUCAGCAACAUCUACUUCCGGCUCCUGGUCUUUCUGGAGGUGCCCCUGGUCCUGAGCAUGCUCAGUGCUGUCCUCUGAGGGGACAGGACUCAGAGGGGAUCUGGGGCGGGGAGGCGGCAUCAGCCCAAUAACUAAAAUCAGUAACACCAAUUGCCCAUCGAUGACCCGCCCAGGAACACAGCCCAUCUGAUGGAUGGGAAUGGCCUUCUGACCAACACCUCCAGCCACCAUCCUUAUUUCAUUCCGAAUACUCUGUAAACUCUUUUGUAACUUCCUUGCAAUCUUUCAUAGACACAAAGAAUGUUCCCAAUAAAUGCAUACUCCUUACAGCCCAAAUACUCGUCAACCCUUGGGUGCCCACCUCACAGCUUAAGUAAUAAACAUCAUUAAUAUUUCUGAAGUCCCAAACUGCCCUCUGAGGAAACCGAGUGUGAAUCUUACAUUCAUGUUCUCCUUGUUUUCUUCAUGGGUUUGCCAUAUAUAUGCAUAUAUAUUUUCAAUCUAUAUACUUACAUUUUUUAGCAGUCCCCAAGUUUAC